CUUUUUUUAAAAUCACUUUUCCCCGGUGAGAAUGGCAAGGAUUCGGAUCCCUAGCACAAUUGUUAUACUUUUUGUUACAGUUCAGGCUGGAUUCUUACUCUUCAUGUAUGCCCGGUACAGCAGCUUCAUGCCUCAGUCUGGGGAGAAACCAUCUCAAGUUCACAUCCUCAUUCUCUCCUCCUGGCGGUCGGGAUCUUCUUUUGUUGGUCAACUUUUCAGCCAGCACCCCAGCGUCUUCUACCUGAUGGAGCCUGCAUGGCACGUGUGGGUGACGAUGUACCAGAACAGUGCCAAAGCCUUGCACAUGGCAGUGCGGGACCUAGUCAGGUCAGUCUUUCUGUGUGACAUGUCUGUGUUUGAUGCUUACAUGCCUUGGAAGAGAAACUUAUCGGAUCUUUUCCAGUGGGCAGUGAGUCGGGCUCUGUGUUCAGCUCCUGCUUGUGACUCCUUCCAGCGUACUGACAUAACCAGUGAAAUGGCGUGCAAGACUCUUUGUGGACGGUACCCGUUCAGCAAGGUGGAGGAAGCCUGUAAAACUUACAGCCAUGUUGUCAUCAAGGAGGUUCGAUUCUUUGACUUGAAGGUCCUCUACCCCCUUCUCACUGAUCCGUCCCUGAAUCUCAAAAUUAUUCACUUGGUCCGUGACCCCAGGGCAGUCGUCAAGUCACGGGAACAGUCGGUCAAAGCCUUAGCCCGUGACAAUGGAAUUGUUCUGAGUACCAAUGGCACUAAAGUGGAAGACAGCAAAUACAAAGUGAUGCAAGAGAUUUGUAGAAGUCAUGUUCAGAUUUAUGAAACAGCCACUCUAAAACCACCUGAUUUCCUUAAAGAUCGCUAUUUAAUGAUCCGAUUUGAAGACCUGGUCAGAGAUCCAUUUUCAGAAAUCUCAGAAAUGUAUAAAUUUGCAGAUCUUAGUUUGACCCCCGUGCUCAAAAGCUGGAUCUAUAAUAUCACACAUGGCCAGGGACCAGGAAAAAAAAAAGAAGCCUUCAAAAUCACUUCUCGAGAUGCAGUUAGUGUUUCACAGGCCUGGAGAAAUGUUCUUUCCUUUCAGAAAAUUAAGAAAAUACAGGAAGUUUGCAAAGGUGCUAUAAACAUGCUUGGCUAUCAGCUGGUGGAUUCAGAAAAAGAACAGAGAGAUCUGUCAUUGGAUUUAGUGUUGCCGAGACGACAAAAUCAAUUCAGUUGGUCAUCAUUUAAUCCAAAGCACUGAGACAUUGUUUGUGAGAGAUCUGGGGCGGGGGGAACAGGGGGCAGGCAUCUACUGUGCAGCAUAUAGGUAAGUUGAAGAUCCUUGGCUGAUGAGUUUAACUAUCUUUCUGUCUGCUGUUUUUCUGUAAUGGAAGGAGGUUAUUCUUCUGACUUUCUUAGACUGCAGAACCAAAAAGCAUGAGAAAUACUGCAAAAUACUUGUCAGAUUGUAAACUUGCAGCUGAGCUGUGCUGUUCUCAACGUUGUUUUAAAAAUAUAAUUUAAGUACUUUCUAUU